AUGAAGUUCACUACUAACAUCCUCUCCGCACUCCUCUGUAUUGAAGCAGCCUUAGCGGCCGUGCCCGCGAGCCGUACCCAGGCCCGUCACCUUGCACGCCGCCAAAGCCGGGGAAGGCGCACGGCACCAUAUAAAAACUCCACCGUCACGGAACAUGUACCAGAUGCGACUGUCCAAUCGAACUGGGGUGGUGCCAUCCUAGAGAGCUCGGGCUUCACAGACGUCUCAGCUACCGCUAAUGCCCCCAAGGGCAGUGGCUCCUCCAGCGCGGCGGGCUCGGCUUGGGUUGGCAUUGACGGUGCCAGCUGCCAGACCGCUAUCCUACAGACGGGCUUCGACUGGUACGGUGAUGGGACCUACGAUGCAUGGUAUGAAUGGUACCCCGACAAUGCUGCCGAUUUCACGGGCCUCACCAUAUCUGAGGGCGAUGAUAUCAAGAUGUCUGUUACUGCCACGAGCGCGAACAGCGGUUCGGCUACGAUAGAAAACCUGACGACAGGCAAGAAGGUGUCCAAAACCUUCACUGAUGAAACCUCAGGCUCGCUUUGCCAGACGGACGCCGAGUUCAUCAUCGAGGACUUUGAGGAGUGCGAUUCGGAUGGUAGCAACUGCCAGCCUGUGGCCUUUGCAUCCUUCUCCCCCGCCGUUGCGUUCACCGAUUGCUCCGCCACUGCAAACGGCGAGAAUGUUGCUCUUAGCCAGAGCACCAUUACCGAGGUCGAAGUCAACGACAAGGACCUGACCAAGUGCUCCACUUCCGGCACCACCCUCACCUGC